GGGAGGGAGAGGGGAGAGAAGCUAGAGAGAGAAACGGCCAAAGGGCCCUGGGACUAAGAGUGAGAAAGAGAGAGUAAAGGGAGAAACGGAGAGAAAACAGCGCAGAAAUUCGAAAUUCGGCAGCAUUUCUGUGUUGUUUUCCGUUCCGGUUCCAUUUCGGUCUUCCUCUCGUCAAUUGCCAAAAUUUCUUCCAUCCAUGAGCCGCUUAGGGUUCAAAUCCGUCGUCUACCAUGGCGAAGUGUGCCUUGGAGAACUGGACGCUAUUCCGGUGACCGGCCAGAAUUUCCUGUUCCCCAACAAUGAGAUACGUAUCCACCACAUAUCACAGAGCGGCCGCUGCUUGCCGCUUUCAGUUCUCCAAACUAUCUCUUCUUACUCCGUCCGCUGCAAGUUGGAGUCGUCGUCUCCGGUCGAGCAGCCGCAUUUGAUCAACCUUCACGCCUCUUGCUUCCAUGAACACAAGACAGCUGUGGUUUUGAUAGGAAAUGAAGAGAUUCACUUAGUGGCAAUGCCGAGUAAGGAGAAGAAGUUCCCCUGCUUCUGGUGCUUUGCAGUUCCUUGUGGUCUCUACAGUUCGUGCGUCACGAUGCUUGAUAUGAGGUGCCUUUCUAUCGUGUUUGAUCUGGACGAGACGCUUAUAGUGGCUAACACCAUGAAAUCAUUUGAGGAUCGGAUUGAAGCUCUUAAAGCUUGGCUUGCUCGUGAGGUCGAUCCUGUGAGGAUAGCAGGAAUGUCUGCUGAGUUAAAGCGAUAUAUGGAUGACCGGAUGCUCUUAAAGCAGUACUUAGAGAAUGAUUCUGUAAUUGAUGGCGGAAAAGUGUUUAAGGUUCAACUAGAGGAGGUUCCGCAGUUAUCUGAUGCCCAGGAGAAAGUCGUUCGACCUGUGAUUAGAUUGCAAGAAAGGAAUGUUGUCUUGACUCGCAUCAAUCCGGAGAUUCGUGAUACUAGCGUGCUAGUUAGAUUGCGGCCUGCUUGGGAGGAUUUGAGAAGCUACCUGACUGCAAAAGGUCGCAAGCGUUUCGAAGUUUACGUUUGUACAAUGGCUGAAAGAGAUUAUGCCCUUGAAAUUUGGAGGCUUCUUGAUCCUGGGUCUCAUCUGAUAAAUCCAAAGCAGCUCUCAAACCGCGUGGUCUGCGUUAAAUCAGGCUCCAAGAAAGCCUUAUUGAAUGUAUUUCAAGAUGGAGUUUGCCAUCCAAAAAUGGCAAUGGUAAUUGAUGACCGGUCAAAGGUUUGGGAAGACAAGGAUCAACCUCGAGUCCAUGUAGUACCUGCAUUUGCUCCUUAUUAUGCUCCUCAGGCAGAGAAUGCGAAUCCCGUGCCUGUCCUAUGUGUUGCAAGAAAUGUGGCUUGCAACGUCAGAGGAUGUUUUUUCAAAGAAUUCGAUGAGAUCUUAAUGCGGAGGAUUUCAGAAGUUGUUUAUGAAGAUGAAAUGGCAACUUUGCCUCCGGCUCCUGACGUGAGCAACUACAUGAUGUCAGAGGAUGCUGGUUUUGUACCCAAUGGUGCUCCAAUAACUGAAGGAAUGACUGGUGCAGAAGUUGAAAGGAGAAUCUAUCUACCAGAAGAGAGAAGUGUCAAAGAUGGAGUUGCUUAUCCAACAAGUAGCACUGACCUGAGAUCUGAUAUCUCCCAACCACCAGUUGCUGUAAAUCCAAGUCUUCUUGGUCCAACAUCUGCAAUGCUUUCUCAAAAACCUAGUCUGCUUGGAGCUCCUGUGAGACGAGAUGUGAGAAAUCAGAACUCUGGACAACCUCCUCUUCUGUCUCGAGUACCUGCACCACCCUUAUUACAGCCACAGGGGGGCUGGUUGGUGGAAGAUGAUGGUAGCAAACUCUAUACAAAUAGUAGGCCAUCAGGUCUUUUACAAGAUCCCGAGACCCCUAAACUAGAUAGAUUGCGGACUGUUACAAAUUCAUCACAAGUAAAGAGUGAAGAGGUGUAUGCUGGCCCAGACGUGCAGAAACAAAACAUUUUACCUGGAAAUUUGCCAUCAGAUGUUGGUAUUCCCCUGAAUACAGGGUGUGCUAAUGGCAGCAGAGAGUCUCAGUCGGAAUUUGGGAAGUUGAAUGUGUUAUCUUCACAAUUGUCUAUUGGAGUUCUGCUGGAAAUCGGCCGUCGGUGCAGCUCUAAGGUUGACUUUAAGCCUGUGGUCAGCACCAGUAAGGACCUGCAAUUUUCUGUUGAGGUUUCGUUGAAUGGUGAGAAGAUAAGUGUUGGAAUGGGUAAAACUCGGAAGGAUGCUCAGCAGCAAGCAGCAGAUAAUGCCCUUCGCAAGCUGGCAGAGAAGUAUGUAGCAUAUGUUACACCUCAUUCUGGAGCAGCGGGCCGAGAUUUUGAUAAACUCUCUUCCUCCAACGAAAAUGGAUUCCUUUGGGACACGUUGAAUCCUGCGGGGCCUAGUGGAGCAGGAGGGCAGGAAGAAGGCAUGCCUAAAGAGGAGAGUCCUGAGGUGGGAACAACUGUUUCUGCUUCUCUUGAUAAUUGAUUUUACAUGUCCAAAAAAUUACGUAGGGCGAUGCUUGGAUAAAGGGUAUGUGGGGCAAGCAAGAAAUUGCCGGAUGAGGAAUGUGGUUGUUUUUUAGAAGAAACCCACUCCCUUCUUUGGAUUUGGCAUGACCACCAAGAUGCUGACUAGAAGUAAAACAGUGAACGUGAAGUGAGCUGGCUUCAUGUCUGCUACUACUGCUGCCUUCCUGUUUUGAGGGUAAGAAAGGCUGCUGAAGCUGAAGCUGAAGAUGAUACCGCCCCUUCCAACUCGGCACAUCAGCCAGGGCAGAAGCGCGCCAUUUCUCCUAGGUUGUCGCAGUCUUUCUCGAGCAAGCGACCGAAGGAGGAAGUGGUUCGAGGUUUGCAAUUAUAUCGGCAGAAGAAUGGGCAUCACUUUUCAUAGCAGAAGCACACCCCCUAAUAGAGAGUCCCUUCAACGAUACAGAGAAGCCCCCUAAUAAAACUUAGGCCUUGGAAUGCCAUUAUAUCUCUCUCGUUCGUAGAGAUGUUCAUUUGGCGCCCAUUACACAAACGAUACUCCCAGAUGCUCUCUGCUCGGUCAGUGGGGUUCAGGAUUGAAGUGUCUUCCCGUUUAUUGCCUCAUCUCCUACGACGCGGGACUCGACUCUUUGCAAACUGGUUGGCAAUACAGACGAGAUGGGUUUCAGUUUUAGUGGUAUGACCUGUUGUAAGCAUCUUUAUUGAUGAAUUUGGCAAAAGAGAGGAAGACUGGAGGAAUGGAGGAUUUACAGAGAAGGAAGUGUUGAUGAGAAGAAGACUUUUUUUUUUACAGAGCUAUAGCUAGAGCUAGAAAGGGAAAGUAACUAUCAGCUUUACAAUUGGUCCAAGAUACCCCGUCGCAUAUAAGCUGUAGCUAUUUAUACUUUGACGACCUACACACGUCAUCACGCCAGCUGGCUUGGGUUGUUACAACCCCCCUUCUCAGAGACAACUUGCCCUCAAGCUGUGUUCAAGAUGGAAAAGUGGAAUAUUGCUCCUUGAAGAAGAGCAAAUCUUCCCAAGUAGCAUCCUCUGGUGUCUCAUGUGUCCACUGCACAAGAAGCUGCCUUACAGCUUGGUUGUCUUUAUUCACAAACCGUCUGGCCAAAAUUUGCGUUGGUGCAACCUUCAAGGUUCCAUUAGCAUCCGAAUCAGGAAGCUGCAGGGUAGCAGGAGGAACGGUGGAUCAACACAUUUCAACUAAGAAAAAUGGAACACAUAAUGCACCUGUGAACUCGCUGGUAAGGCUAACUUGUAGGCCAUGUUACCAAUUCUUGCAAGCACUUGAUAGGGGUCGACAUAACGAGUGUUGAGUUUGUUGCCAUGACGUCCCAUCACUGAACCUUGUCUAUAGGGUUGCAAAUGAAGAUAAGCCCAAAUACCAGGCUGCAUUACCC